AUGGAUGUCGACUGUCUUUACUUUUUCCUUCUUCUCUUGCUGCUUCCCGUCGGCCAGAGUAGAUGGACAGCAUGUGUCAAACUGUGUAGGCCGUCGACGGGUGCAACAAGCACAAGCGUGCAACAAGCCUCUCUCUUCCUCUUGGUUUCUCAGUCAGCCACACCCGAAACCCCAAAAGCCAAGGUGAAAAAAGAUCUGACCGACCUUUGA